AUGUUGACUUUAAAGCUAACAAAAGGGCUGAUAUGGGCUGUGGGAGGCCUAAUUGUGCCAUUGGUACAGGCCGACACGUCAUAUUCAGAAGUGGGAUGCUAUAAACAAUCAGAUUUGGGGUCUGGCUUGAGCUCCAAGGGCUCCUACACAUAUCAGAGCGUUUCGUACUGCCAGAACGAAUGCAACGGAGCAGACGUGGUGGCGCUUCUGGGAGGUGACACAUGCUACUGUGGGUCUUCUGCGUCGAGCCUGGCGUCGGCUUCGUCGGCGGAUUCCAGCCAAUGCAACACCAAGUGUGCCGGAUGGCCUUACGCUACAUGCGGUGGAAGUGGGUAUUUCCAAGUGUAUUUGAAGGCGGGCGUUUCAAUACCGAGCUCCAGCUCGAGCUCCAGUUCUAGCUCCAGCUCAAGCUCCAGUUCGAGUUCGAGUCCGAGUUCCGCAAGUAGUAAUAGCAACUCCGGGUCAAGUUCAAGCAGUUCCACGACUUCAAGUUCCAGCUCUAGUACGGCAUCGUCGUCUUCGUCAUCCUCAUCAUCAUCAUCAUCAUCAUCAUCAUCAUCGUCGUCGUCGUCAUCGUCGUCGUCGUCUUCGUCCCAGUCCACCGCUUCGAGCUCCAGCUCGAGCACUACCUCUGGAUCUUCAUCAACACCGGCUUCGUCCAGUAUGAGCUCUACUUCGAGUGACAGUUUGUCGCCAACUACUAGCUCCAGCCAAACUUCCAGCUCCAAUGCCGGAUCUACUGCUUCCUCGCGCUCUCCUACUACCAUGGUUACGUCGGAUAUCACCGUCGCUACUCUUCCAAACAGUAGUCGGUCAACCAUGUACAUAACCCAAACCACAGUGAUAAGCGCACCCAACUCUUCCGGACAAACCAAUUCUGGGACAAUAAAAUCCAAUAACAGCAACAAGAAGAAGUCACUUUCGGGCGGAGCAAUCGCCGGUGUGGUUAUCGGUGCCAUUGUUGGAUCCGUUCUGGUGGCUGCGCUGGUUUUCUUUUUGUUUUGGCGUCACCGCAAACAAGAACAGCUUGACCUGGAGGAAACGAAACAGCACAAGCCUUAUUCUUUCGGUGACAACGCCUUACCAGCACUGGCUGCUACGCAGCGGAACGCGUCUCUACGCCGUUCGUCUUCAGAAUUGGAAACAUCCAUGGUGAACGACUACUCUGGCCAAACGCCGGGCUUGGACGACAGUUUUGGUCGCAUAAGGCUCAGCGACGGCUCGCUUCCCGAUGUCACGCAAGAACACGGGCCGCUGCGAAUAGUCAACCCAGAAGAGCUCGACUAUAGAAACGGUAUUCACUGA